UGCAUAGUGCGGUCUAGUGCAGAUUCCAAUAACAUCGAUCGCAUAUAUAUAUAUAUAUAUGUGCAUGUGUGUGUAUGUAUAUGCCCCAACGGUGUGCAAAAAAAGAUGUCGGGUGGAUGGACCACUGGCCUGCUUGACUGCUUCAGUGACUGCAGUGUCUGCUGCUUGGGAUUUUGGUGUCCUUGCGUUGUUGCUGGGCGUGUUGCAGAGAUUGUCUCCAAAGGACAUACCAGUUGUUUUCAGCAGGGAUGUUUGUAUGCACUAAUCAAUUCCUAUACUCACUUAGCAUUCGGCAUUCCUUGCGGUUUCUGCAUAACUUGCGGCUUUCGAACCAAACUGAGGGAGCAGUACAUGUUGGAGAAAAAACCUUGCAACGAUUGCUGCGUUCAUUUCUUCUGCCACUCCUGUGCCUUGUGCCAAGAAUACCGUGAGCUCGAGAACCGUGGUUUCAAUGUUACCAUUGGCUGGGAACAAAAUGCGUCAAAGAAUCCUGGAGUGGUGACAGCACCAGCUGUGCAGGGUGGCAUGAAUCGUCAGACUGAUUACAAAUAGUAAUGGUGUUGGCUUGAUGCUUCAUACCAUAUGGAAUAAAAGAAUUCGCUUUCGAUUUUUGUUUGCCGUCUCUUGAAUAAACUUCUUUUGGCUUUGGAGAGUCGUCUUAGUCUGUUGAGUUUGGGUGUGAAUAAUUUAAAGACUGUGUUCAUUUGCUAGUUUGUGGGCUUGUCUUGCCAUGGUAUUCAAUCGAGUUGACCUUUUAUGUUUUGUUGAAGUCUCUGUAGAUUGUGGAUUCUCUUUUAUCAAAUAUUAUUUUUAAUGUUUGUAUCAGUUCUUAAUAUUAUAAUAAAAUCACUAUUAUUUCGGUUUUU